CUUUUCAACUUUCUCCUUUCAUCGUGUUGUGCACAAGUUUUUUCCGGUUCAAUCCGGAUUUUUCCCGGUUUAAUUACAUCAUCAUCAUCAUCAUCGGUUUUUAAAACUCUGCUUAUAUAAGACUGAUCGAGUGGUAAAUUGGAAACCCUUCCUGUAAAAUUAGGGUUUACAAGAUGGUAGAGAGCUCGGAGGAGAAGAAGAAGAAGACGACGACACUGCCGUAUCUUCCUCAUGAAUUGAUUUUCCAGAUCCUACUGAGGUUGCCGGUGAAGUCUCUUACACGUUUCAAGUCUGUUCGUAAGUCAUGGUUUUCUCUUAUCUCUGCUCCCCAUUUUGCAAAUUCACAUUUUCAACUUACCUCUGCAAAACACGCUGCUUCUAGAAUUAUGUUUAUAUCAACUCUAUCUCAUGAAACUCGAUCUAUAGAUUUUAAAGCAUUUCUUAACGAUGAUGAUCCUGCUUCACUCAACAUUACUUUUUCGCUUACCCGAUCUCAUUUUCCGGUUGAAAUUAGAGGUUCAUGUAGAGGGUUUAUACUUUUGUACCGUCCUCCAGACAUCUACAUAUGGAAUCCAUCUACUGGAUUUAAAAAACAUAUACACCUGUCUCCUGUUGAUUCCAAAUCAGUAGCACAAUGUCAGGGUUUUGGUUAUGACCAGUCAAGAGAUGAUUACUUGGUGGUUUCAUUGUCCUAUAAUCCAUCCGCAUUUUCAACACAUUUGAAGUUUUUCUCAGUUAGAGAUAAUACAUGGAAAGAAAUUGAGGGUAAUUACUUCCCUUAUGGUGUCCUCUCUUCUUGCAGAGAAGGAUUGCUAUUUAAUGGUGUUAUUCAUUGGUUGGCUUUACGUCGUGAUUUAGGUUUGACUGUCAUUGUUGCCUUUGAUUUAAUGGAAAGGAAGUUGUUUGAGAUACCUAUUCCAAGUGAUUUUGUCCACAGAGCAUCAGGACAUUCUGGUCUAUGAUAAUGAUAAAGAUACACUUGAAAUAUGGGUGAUGAAAGAAUACAAAGUGCAUUCAUCUUGGAAUAAAACUCUUGUUCUUUCUGUUGAUGCCAUUCCUGAUCACUACUUUCACCCUAUACACUCUACAAAAAACGGUGAUAUUAUUGGAAGAACUCUUAAUUCCAGAUUGGUGAAGUAUAAUGAUAAAGGACAGCUAUUAAGGCAUCGCACCUUCUUUAAUAGUCCAUCCGAAGUUGUCAUGUAUACCGAGUCUCUGCUUUCACUCCCUGGUGACAAUGAGCAAGUUUAAGAAAGAUCACACAAUCAAGAAGACAAGACUGAGGUUGUGAAAUAUUCUCAACGAUUUUCUUCAUAUUUAUAAUUAUAUUGUAUUUUGAACUCUUGGGUGGUUGCAUUUUUAGGGUAGUAUAUGUUUGACUGUAUUGGUAACUGCAUUUGUAACAUGAUGUAGUAUGUAACACAACUUGAAGUCUUAGCACUGUGGAAAGCUUUAUACAUGUUUUAGAGAAACUAUGACUUGCACAAUUAAAUAGUUAUUAUUUGUAUAUUUAUCUACUGUAAUAAAAGUGAUUCAGAUUCCGAGCC